AAGGGAGCGUUUGUUCUGGACGCGGGGGGGGGGAAACCGUGCCGUUAUGUGGACGAAACUGUGUGGUUGUAACAUUUUGUACAACUCGGUAAACCUGGAUUUAAACGCAAACGGAGGUUUUUCGUUGUUAACCGUGCCGGUACGGGAUCUGUUCGGGGUCGCGUUGGCUCGAUAAUUCCCGCCGCAACUCGGAAGUUUAACGAAGUGGAAGGCUCGUGGGAUUCUCGCCUGUGGAUGUACGCAGACUCGGUCUGGAUAGCAUUCUCAACAUCACAGCUGCAGGUCAUUUCUUGAUGGGUACAUACUGUGAGGCAACACACCAAGAGAACUGGAAAUCAUUCAGUAAAGACAGGAACUGUGAAAGAAUGAAGACGAGCUAGAUAUUUUUUGUCUGUUUAGUUGGACGUAGACGACCUACAACCAUUUGAACUAGCAAAUGUGUACCUGGACUAAACACACACUAACAUAGAAACCUGAAAAGUAACUUUGUUGAUUUAAAGAUCAACUUCAAAAGAACACCUCGACACACAGCGAUCAAUAUGAGUGCUGAAGGAUAUCAGUACAGAGCGCUUUAUGACUACAAGAAGGAGAGGGAGGAGGACAUUGAUCUGCAUGUGGGGGAUAUACUGUUGGUAAGCAAAGUAGCUCUGGUGGCUGUCGGGUACACUGAUGGGCUGGAACAGAGGCCCAACGAGAUUGGCUGGCUGCCAGGCUUCAACGAAACCACUCAGGAAAAAGGGGACUUCCCUGGGACAUAUGUCGAGUUCAUCGGGAAGAAAUGGAUCUCCCCUCCCACGCCCAAGCCAAGGCCCCUCAGACCUUUACCUGUAGCUCCGGGCGUCUUCAAGGGGGAGACAGACUCCGACUCGGAACAAGGCUUCAGUCUGCUGGACUUGACGGAGCAGUUUUCCCUUCCAGACACCACUCCACCAGUGCUGGCCAGACUGCUGGAGGCUAUUGAGAGGAAAGGUCUGGACAACCCCACUUUAUAUCGAACGUUUACUGCAGGUGGUGGACUCGAAGUCAGACAGUAUUUUGAUUGUGAUCCCGCCACAGCAGACCUGGAUCUGUUUGAGCUUCCGAUCCUGUGUGACGGUCUGCGCAGGUACCUGCAGGAUCUCCCCCAGCCAAUCAUCCCCACAGCAAUAUAUCCUCAGAUGGUUCACACCGCCAAAGAGGUGGCGAAUCCUGAGGAAUGUGCCCAGCUGCUACGUUGCAUCGCCAGCACCCCGAGCCUUCCCCCCCAAUACUGGCUAACUCUCCACUGUCUGCUAAGGCAUUUCGCUAGAGUGUGCCAAAACUGCUCCAAGAACCUGCUCAGCGCCAGAGCCCUGGGCGAGAUCUUCAGCCCUGUGUUUUUCAGACAACAGGCCACCAGUUGCGAACCCAGCUUGGAUGCUCACAUCAAGAUCAUCGAGGUUCUGGUGACCAGUGAAUGGAGUGAAAGUCAGGCAGCUCCAGCUCUACCUCCAAAGCCACCGAAGCCCACAUCUGUGACUAACAACGGUAUGAACAACAACAUGGCUCUACAAGACGCCGAAUGGUACUGGGGAGACAUCUCAAGGGAGGAGGUCAAUGAGAAACUGAGGGACACUGCGGAUGGUACGUUUUUGGUGCGAGACGCCUCUACGAAAAUGCACGGAGACUACACUCUGACUCUGAGGAAAGGAGGUAACAACAAGCUCAUUAAGAUAUUCCAUCGGGAUGGGAAGUACGGCUUCUCGGACCCACUGACCUUCAGCUCCGUCGUCGAGCUCAUCAACCACUAUCGCAACGAGUCACUGGCGCAGUACAACCCCAAGCUAGACGUCAAGCUGCUGUAUCCGGUCUCCAAACACCAGCAGGAUCAGGUGGUGAAAGAAGACAACAUUGACGCUGUGGGGAGGAAGCUCUGCGAGUACCACCAGCAGUACCAGGAGAAGAACAAAGAGUACGACCGCCUGUACGAAGAAUACACCAGAACGUCACAAGAAAUCCAAAUGAAAAGGACGGCCAUCGAGGCUUUUAAUGAAACCAUAAAGAUAUUUGAGGAGCAAUGCCAAACGCAAGAGCGGUACAGCAAGGAGUAUAUCGAGAAAUUCAGGAGAGAAGGCAACGACAAGGAGAUCCAGAGGAUCAUGGGCAACUAUGAGAAAUUAAAGUCCCGGAUUAGUGAAAUCAUCGACAGCAAGCGGCGGCUGGAGGAAGAUCUGAAGAAACAGGCGGCAGACUACAGAGAGAUUGACAAGAGGAUGAACAGCAUCAAACCAGACCUCAUCCAGCUCCGCAAGACCAGAGACCAGUAUCUCAUGUGGUUGACCCAGAAGGGAGUCAGACAGAAGAAACUCAACGAGUGGCUCGGAAUCAAGAACGAGAACACAGAAGAUCAAUAUUCUAUGGUGGAGGACGACGAAGACCUUCCUCAUCACGACGAGCGGUCCUGGAAACUGGGCAACAUCAACCGACUACAGGCGGAGGCUCUCCUCCAAGGAAAGAGAGACGGAACAUUCCUGGUUCGAGACAGCAGCAAAGCGGGAUGCUACGCCUGCAGCGUUGUCGUGGACGGCGAGGUGAAGCACUGCGUCAUCAACAAGACCCCCUCAGGUUAUGGCUUCGCCGAGCCGUACAACCUGUACAGCUCACUAAAAGAACUCGUACUUCACUACCAGCACACGUCUUUGGUCCAGCACAAUGACUCUCUGAAUGUGACGCUAGCGUACCCGGUCUAUGCCCAGCAGAGACGGUGAGGACCCCCCACCCGGAUGUUAUCCACACAUGGACACGAGAGAAAAAGGCCUCAUUGGGAGUUGGAGACUCUGUUUGCCUAACUCAGACUUGAAAAUCGGAGGACAAAGACGCAAUAAAGCCUGAAACAUUUCAGUGACUUUGCCUGACCCACGAGCCUGAGGCGAGUCUGAAUGUAGAUUUCUUUCUUUUUGCUUCGUGCGGGAGCACAGAAUCAAGCGGGAAACUGCUGAACUUCUCCCCCAGCAGAGGACAUUUUGAGGCCUUUUCCUUAAUGGUGCUUGUUCUUUUUCAAAGCUUUACCAGCCGGGAAUGUCUAAUCGCAGCAGAUAAACUCUUCAAAUGGAAACUGUACCCACCGGCCACAACUUUGUUUUUCCACUUUUUUUUUUUUUUUUCUUCCUUUCACGUCAUCUAUGUGUGUUUGUGUGUGUGUUUCUGCACAAGUGUUUCUGUGUAUGUAUGUUAGUGAGUGUGUGAUUGUCCAUGUGACCAAAACUCAUAGAAUCAGGAAACUGUGUGAAACGUCGGGCGGGCGGGAGAGGGGGGGGAGGUAAAGCUGUGUAACACAUUUGCUUGUGUUAACUGUUCAGUAGCGGACCGUCGGUCGGCUGAUAAAUGUAGCAAAAUGGCACUUUUUAAACAAAGUUUAAUUUUCUUUUUUUUGUUUUGAAAAAAGACUCCUAUGGACUUUUAUCAGAAGAGCAGUAAAGGACGAAAGACGUCGGCGUCCUGCCUUCUUACUGUCGAGCAUUAUAGCGCAGAAGUAAACUUGAUCUUUUACUGUGGGGCAGGUGAAACUAUGAAUGGACUAUUUCAUGUACAUAUGUGAAAAAAUGUGCAAAAGUCAUGAAUCAAAAGUGCACCAUACCAAAAAGGAUCAGUUCCUUGUUUUAGUUAUAUUUCUGAUCUGCUAUGCAAUUCUUUCUCUCCAUUACUUCUUCAGAAUUGUUUGUUUUUAUUCUGUUGCAACCCACGAUAUAAGCUUUUGUUUUUAUUGCUUGAAAAGUAUCUUUUCCUGUGUAAAAUAUCCACGAGGAUAUUUUGUGUCAAAAUGCAAAGAUACAGUAAAGAAAAAAACUGCUUAUGAUUUAAAAAAAAAAAAAAAGAUUAUAAUAAUAGCAACAUACACUUUAUUAUAAAUUACUUUAACGACUGGUAUAAAGAUGGAAAAGAUGAGUAUUUUAUUAGUCUUUUUGUUUUGUUUUUGCUUCAAACUAAUGUUCUUCUCAGGCAGAGCCUUUCUGAGUAUUUGAGCUGCUUCAGUCACAAGUACUAUUUCUUACAGAGUUAAGCCUACAUGCAGUUUCGAGCACUCAGAGAAUGGGAUGAUGGGAUUGUACAAACCCCUUAUCGAACCAUCACCAUGGAUUAAAAAAAAAAACCAACAGUAUAGAUUUAUUUUGUUAUAAAAUUAUAUAUAUAUGUUCCCACAUGAGAAUAUAUUAAAAAAAAGAAAAAGCAGACUGGUGUUUUCAACCGAUGGAUAUUGUUAUUAAAAAGAUCAAUAUACAUUGUCCAUGUAGUAUUUUUCUGUAUCAGAAAAUCACUGUGUUUACAUAGGUGGAUCAGCUCAUUUCAGAUCUGUCUGUAAUUUCAUAUUUCACAAAAAAGGACAACGUGCCAGUUGAAUCCUUCACAGAAAUAUUUAGCCACAGCUCAGAAUACGUUUUAUUCUUUUUUCCCCCCUUCAUCUUUAUUCUAACUUCUACAAGUCCACGAUUUAAAAAAAGAGCGAUUGGUACACGUUGUAAACCCAGUGGACCGGUACAAACUAUCGGUAAGACGCUCCUAAAAUGCGUCGAGCCGCUACCGAAUUUGUCCGCCUCGUUAACCGAUUAAUACAUUUUAGAUCACUCAAAUGAUGAAUGAAAAAAAUAAAUGUCUGCAUUUAAUAACAAUAAAUGUAUUUUACAAUCCUAGAUCUACCUGCCGUUAAAUUCUUUUUAGAUGUGGUACUUUUAUUCCAGCCCCCACCCCCCAAAACAAAAUGUACUCAAGGUCAGCACGGCUGUCAAGUUAUAUAUAUAUAUUAUAUAUCUUUGUGUAACAAAUUAGUUGUAACAAAAAAAAAGACGUUAACCCAUUUUGAUUAUUGCAUUUUUGUCAAAUUUGACUCUUAAUUCUCUCGAUUUUUGGCACAAAUGUGUGUAACGACAACUUAAAAGCCUCCACUUGUGUCACUUCCUGUCAAAAGAAUAAAACAAUGCAUUUAUCAUCUGUUUUUUGAGAGAAAAUGCAAAAAAAGAGAGAAUUUUUAAGCAUUUUCUUGUUUUAUUCUCAGCCCCGAACUUUAAGGCAGAACUGUUUCACAGCUUAAAGAAGCUACUGUUCACACACACGUGUAAAAAUGUUUUAUUUUUAGAUGUAUUUGACCAGAUUACUCAUGCAGGAUUUAAAUUUAUUAGCAUAUUGAUAGUAAACUGUCAUUUAUUCUAGGUUUUUAUUGGUUCUUCAGCCGUUAACAGAUGUUAUUAGAUCUGUCGUAUCUGACGUUUGUUUCUACUAGAAGUCUGAUUAUUAUUUACCUCCCCAACAGCUGCUGGCAUGAACUUUUUUUGUUUCUUAUUGUCAAUUUUUUCUCGGACAACAUGCACCAUUAUUUUCUUUGCCCCCAGUUCUGGGUUGUAUGAUUAUUUUAGGUGUCUCUCUUUUUUAUUUUAUUUGAAACUCAUCUUUUUGUGGGUGUCCCCUGACAUGAUGAUUGGAUUGAGAUUUACCAGUGUUUCCCCAGUUUUGCUUCAAAUCUGUAUUGGGCUUUGUUAAAAAGGAAAUAAAACACUUCUUUUUAAGAAAUAAA